GGUCGGGCGCGGUUGCCGUGGCAGCGCCUGCCCGAGGGAGGGCGGCGGCGCGGGGCCAGGACCCCGGCGGGCAGAGGCGGCGACUGGGCCACCCGAGAGUGUGCGGCGGGGCAGCUGAGCGGCGGGCGCCCCGCCCUACUGGCCGGUGGGGAUGCGGGACCGGCUGCCCGAACUCACGGCGUGUAGCAAAAACGAUGAUGGAGACACUACUGUCGUCGUCGUUGAAAAGGACCAUUUCAUGGAUGAUUUCUUCCAUCAGGUGGAGGAGAUUCGGAGCAGCAUAGCCAGAAUUGCUCAGUACGUGGAAGACGUAAAGAAAAACCACAGCAUCAUCCUUUCUGCUCCAAACCCAGAAGGAAAAAUAAAAGAAGAGCUGGAAGACCUGAACAAAGAGAUCAAGAAAACUGCUAACAGGAUUCGAGGCAGGCUGAAGUCUAUCGAGCAGAGUUGUGAUCAGGAUCAGAGCGGGAACCGAACAUCAGUGGAUCUGAGGAUACGAAGGACUCAGCACUCAGUGCUGUCGCGGAAAUUUGUGGAUGUCAUGACAGAAUACAAUGAAGCACAGAUCCUUUUUCGGGAGCGAAGCAAAGGUCGCAUCCAGCGCCAGCUAGAGAUCACUGGGAGGACCACUACUGACGAUGAGCUGGAGGAGAUGCUGGAGAGCGGGAAGCCUUCCGUCUUCAUCUCGGAUAUCAUAUCAGAUUCACAGAUUACUAGGCAAGCCCUCAACGAGAUCGAGUCCCGCCACAAAGACAUCAUGAAGCUGGAGACCAGCAUCCGAGAGCUGCACGAGAUGUUCAUGGACAUGGCCAUGUUUGUGGAGACUCAGGGUGAAAUGGUCAACAACAUUGAGAGAAAUGUGAUGAACGCUGUAGACUACGUUGAACAUGCCAAGGAAGAAACCAAGAAAGCCAUCAAAUACCAUAGCAAAGCCAGGCGGAAGGUGAUGUUCAUCCUCAUUUGUGUAGUCACUUUGCUUGUGAUCCUCGGAAUUAUCUUAGCAACAGCAUUGUUAUAGCAACCGCACCCCAAGAGCUCUCUGUCGUCAGGGACUCAACCGCACCUGCAGCAGAGUCAGUGUCCUGCCCUUCCACAUGGGAACCUCAGACCCCAGAGCUCGUGCCGAGUGCUGAGGUUUUCACUGGUGAUGAAGAAUAAAGCACUUCGGAGGUUUUGUACCACGAAACACCAUGAGCUGAGUGGCUGCAGCAUGCCAGCCCAGAUAGCCUCGAUCUCUCUGAAGGACACCACAGAGAUUUCACAAUGGUGGCCUUGUCUUGGCAGCCUUGAAAUAGGAAUGAUUGAAAAGAAAAUCUAACUUUUAUAAAAAUGUCAGUGUUAAAAAUGUGCAUGCAGUUUAAUUAGGGUGUGCUCCGAGCUCUCAGCAGACAGCGCUCACGAAGAGACUUUGUACGGGCCUGAUUUCUGUUCAUGUCUUGCUUGCAGAAUCAUCACAGAACUAUUUUGUAAGGUAUCUGUAAUUUUAAAUAUCUAUAAGUUAAAUUCCUUAAUAUAUUAACAUCAACCCCCUCCCCCUUCUAAGCUAGACACUGCCUUGUGAAGGACAAUGGGCCAGCCCUAGGCAGCUGUGUACAGGUUCUGUUGUCACUGAAACACAGCCUCGCAGCCCCUCAGGGCCCUCCUUCAGUGCCUUCUGGUGACCCUGACCCAGGAAGUGUAAGGAUCUGAAAAGUUGAUUGUUGUUAGCUCAUUUCUACCUGCUUCACUGCAGAGGUGACAAGCAGUCACGCGCUGCGCUCCUGUCAUACUCUUCCUUGUUCACUCAUGCCCGUGGAGUCUUCAAGGCAAGAUGAUGACGGAACCAAGACUUGGUGCUCACUAAACUCAGUGGAAUUGCCCCAGGUGCAAAGCCAUUCUUGGACAGCAUCUGAAGGACCAGAUUGUCAUUGUCAAUUGAACACCUGCUCGUGCCCAGAGUUCCUAGAAAACUAUGAUGUAUGGUAUAAAGAUGUGGCUGGUGAACACUGUGAAUAAGGUGGCCCAGUGACUGCAUAUCUGUUGAGCCUGAGUAUGUGAAAGUCACCAAGCCUAGUGAAUUCUGCCGACUGCUGCAUGUAUGUAUGAAUGUGCACUCUAUCCCAGCCUCACUUGAUCUGAUCUGAUAUAGCCUGUGUGAGAGAUACUCAACUGUCUAGAAACCAUCAACCUUAGAGUGGUGCCUGUCACUCAUUCACCUGCUCAUACCUUCCAGCCUGACACCCCCUGUGCCGAGAGCUACUGCAGGAGGCUGGGCUGUGUGUCCUGGUCCAGAGCUAGCCUAGGAUGAAGACACUCCUGCCUGGAAGCUCCUGCUUCCUGUCUGAAAGCACUCUGAAAGCGCUGAAGAGGAAGUCGUGCUUGUGCAGCCCCCACACUCCACUUCAGUGCUGUCGGAUUUAGCUGCAGAGGACCCUCACACCAGCGAGGUCCCCACCACUCGUGUCCAGGUCUCCGAGUUCAGCCUGAGUCCUUGGCCUGCAAUGUCUUCAUCUCUGCUCAGGUGGCCUCUUGACCAGGUGGCUGGGUCUGGUCUUCUAGUGAAGCAGGGUUGUGUGGGUGAGUGAGUCAGCUCUCAGGAUGUUUCUAUGCUGACUUCAUAGCCUGUUUAAAAAUAACAUUUACAGAUUCUCUUGUUACUUUUUCCAACAGUUUCUUCAAACAUUUUGUGUUUACAUUAAAAAGUUCUCAGAGAUGCAAA